AAAGAGAUAUGAGUUCGAAUCCACACCACACCAGAUUUCCACACGUGUGGUAACCGGGGCUUUCACAUUCUCUCUCUGGAGAAUGGUUUACUAACAUAUAGCACGUUAUUUAUCUAUCUUUAAUCAAAAAUGUAGUUAAUGAUAAUAAUUAUAUGAUUUUAUUACUUUAGAACGUAAAUCUUACUACUUUUAAAUAUAUAAAUUAUAUGAUUCACAUAUAUCUAAACUCCGUAAAAUAUGUUAUUAAGUUAAUUAAAAUGAAAAUUGUUGAAAUCUAAUCUAUUAAUAAAAUCACUAUAUGAAAUAAAUUUUACUUUUUCAUAUGAUUUACGAAAGAUACCACUAAUUUUUGGUAAAAAGAUAAUAUUUCAGUAAAAGUAUCAUUGUCAUACAAAAGAUGGAAAAAAUAAUGUGAUAUUUGGUAAUCGGGACUUUUAAGAAGAGUUAUAUAUUUGGUUGUCACGGGUAUUUAGGAUUCAAAAAACCUGAAACUCCACACAAAUACUCGAAAAUAUUAAAACACCCAAAAAAAUUGAAACUUUACCUGAAAUCUAACUUGAGAAACUGAAAGUACCUAAAAUUUAUCCGAAUACCAGAAACGUAUUUUAAAAAAAUGAAAAUUUACCCAAAACCCGAAACUAUAACCAAAAUCCAAACCCAAAAUUUAAAAGAAUAUACAUAAUAUCAAAAACAUUUCUAAAAUACCCAAAUAUACCUUUGGUGCCCACAAAAAUUCGGGUACUUUGGAUUUCUGAUCGGGUAGGAUCCAGACCCGAACCGAAACACACAGGUCCAGAAAAUACCUAAUAUGUACUUUGUCCUGGAUCCGGGCCUGAACCGAACCUAUACUUUCAAGUCAGUUUUGGUUUAAUUUUUAGGAUCUAGGUAAAAUAUUGUUCAAGGCUAAGAAAGAGUUACAUAAGAAUGUACCUACAAAUUUUAAAUAAACUAAUUCCUAAAUUAUAUAAUUUUAUUAUUCGGUAUAAUACGACUAUGUAACAUAAUCAUGUACAACAAUUCCACAAUACUAAUUCAUAUCAUAUCAAAUUUUGUUUAUAAUUAAGAAAAGCUAUGCGUUUUCGAAGCGCGGUUCAAAAAUCUAGUUGUGACUUGAAAUAUCUUUUUACAAAUCAGGAAAAAUGUUUCUCAUCUGCACAAGCAUGGGGUAAAUGGUGGAAAACAUAUUAAGUUUGAGAAUAUGACACUGACAUUACGAUGUAUAUGACUCAUAAUGUCACAUGUACAAAGUAACAUAUUAUAUGGUGAAAACUACAAAAUCUAGGUUUAAUCGACAAAUCUAAAACUCUUGGGCAAAAUCAAAUUUAUGAAAUUUUAACUAAACAUGGAUUUUCAUAAUCUAAACUGGAUUCAUAUUUAGAUAAAUAAAUAAUAUAAAAAUUUAGUUAUAUAAAAGAAAUAAUAUUUUUAAGUAUUUAUCUGCCGCUCUCAGUAGUAACUUUAUUACAAGUUAACCUGGGAAAGUUCUCGGCACCGAACUAAAACCAUAGACAUAUAUUUGUUUAUAUAAUCUAAGACAAAGUUGUAGGGAGGGCAAAACAUCUAAACUUCAGAGGGAUGAGUUUCAUGUGGAACGUUGUGUAUGUGAUCAUCGCCUUAGUGGUUGUGAAGAUCAGCCAGUGGUUGUGGCAAUGGUCGAAUCCAAACUCCAAGGGCAGUGGCAAGCUACCGCCGGGGUCAAUGGGUUUUCCAAUCGUCGGAGAGACGUUGGAAUUCUUUAGGUCUUCUGGAUUACUCGAGAUCCCACCCUUUUUCCAGAAGAGGAUGCUAAGGUACGGGCCAUUGUUUCGGACCAACAUUUUGGGCUCUAGGACGGUGAUUUCGACGGACGCAGAUGUUAUCUACGAGAUUUUCCGGCAGGAGAACCAGUCUUUUAUACAAAGCUAUCCGGAUAUUUUUGUCAAGGUACUUGGAAAAGACAAUGUGUUCUUCAAGACAGGAGACAUCCACAGACAUAUCAAACAUGCCACUAUGCAUCUCAUUGGCUCGGAAGGUUUGAAGCGAAAGCUGAUAGGAUUUAUGAACCGGACCACCCGCUAGCAUCUUAGAUGGAAGGCUACCCAGGGCGCUUUCAACCUUAGGCAUGCUGCUUCAAACUUGAUAGUAUCGUACAUAACACCGCAGAUGAUUAGUAAUCUAAAGCCAGAAACUCAAGAAAAGCUUAUAGAUCAUUUCAAAACUUUCAAUAUUGAGUGGUUUCAGUCACCUUUCGCCCUCUCUACCUGGAAGACUGUCUACAAAGUCCUUAGGGCCCGAAAAGAAGCAGUCAAGAUAAUUAACGAAGCUCUGGAGAAGAGGAAAGAUUCAAUAGAGAAACAAGGAGACUUCCUCGAUACAUUGCUAGAGGAGAUGAAGAAAGAAGGCAGCAUUUUUUACAAAGAGUCUAUUGUAAGCCUCCUAUUAAAUAUUGGAUUCGUCUCUAGAGAUUCCACUUCUUACGCUACCGCUUUAACCGUCAACUUUAUCUCAAAAAACCCAAGAGUGCUUACGGAGUUGAAGAGAGAGCAUGAGGCGAUUGUACAAAAGAGAGACGAUAAAGAACCAGGACUUAGCUGGGAGGAGUAUAAAAACUGCAUGCCUUUCACCCGCAUGGUUAUCUACGAGUCGCUUCGGCUGGCAAACUUGGGAACCAUAAUCUUUAGAAAGGCUGUGAAAGAUGUCGAAGUCAAAGGAUACACGAUUCCAGCCGGUUGGAUAGUGGCCGUUGCACCUUCAGUGGUUCACUAUAAUUCUGAAAUUUAUGAGAAUCCAUUGGAGUUUAAUCCAUGGAGAUGGGAGGGAAAAGAUUUGCAGUCGCCAGGGUCUAAAACAUUGAUGGUGUUUGGAGGUGGAGCAAGACAGUGUAUAGGAUCAGAUUUAGCAAGACUUCACUUGGCAGUCUUCAUUCAUCAUUUUGUAACCACUUACGAUUUCUCGGUGGUCCAAGAAUGUGAGAUAUGUCGGGUACCAUUUCCUUUCUUCACCAAGGACCUGGUUAUAAACAUCUCCCCCAAGUCUCCCAGCUAGGUGAACGCUGCAGUUCCAUAUCUGAAAAAUCAGAUCAUAAUAAUAUAUUCCAAUUCUCCUUUCAUGCUUUUUUCCUUCUUAAUGCAAAUAAUGAAUAGUCCCGAGGAAUGUACGAAUCUUUCUGGGAUUAUUGGUAGAUGGACUCUAAAGAUUCUUAGAAUUUGUAAGCUCCAUUGCUCUUGGUUUAUAAAAUUUAAACAUUCUUAAUGAAA